GUUGCAUCCAGCAUCAAGUGGUGAAGCAGUGUUGAAACGCAACGCUAGUCUAAACUUCAUAUAGAGCUCCAUAGACCCGUAUCAUCGGAGGCAAUGUCACUAUUGUUGCGCUGAUGACUUAUCAACUCCAGCGGUUCACGAACCGCACCAUAUCUCGUCUUAUCAAUCCCUCCGGGUCUUCUGAGUCAAGGCGUAUUGGUUAUUGCCUCCAGUGAGUUUGUUGCGCUCGGCUUGCUUUUCAACUGCUCCUUUCAUCACGUUUACCUCUUUCCGCAUCUAGUCGUAAAAUCACAAUGCAAGCUCUCAAGUUCGAGAAGACCGGCUCCUUGGAUGGAUUAGCUCUGGUUAACAUCGACAAACCCAUAUUACGUCCCGGCGAGGCUCUCGUACGUGUCAGAGCUGCCGGUAUCAACGGGUCCGAUGCUGCAGGCAUCCUAGGCAUGCUUCCAUUUGUGACCACCCCCCGCAUUCCUGGCAGAGAUUUCUCCGGGGACGUUGUUGAAGCGCUGGACGCAUCCGGGGCCUCGAGUCAACAAUGGAUUGGAGCAGAGGUAUGGGGAACAGGAAGCGAGCGGGGCUUCACUUCAGACGGAACGUUUUCUCAAUACGUUACCGUCCCUAUCGCCGCAUUGAGCCGAAAGCCAGCAUCUCUCGACCACUCCAGGGCUGGUAGCAUGACCCUGCCUUGGUUAUGUGCUUGGAUUACAGUUGACACUCUUGCAAACGUCAAGGAGGGAGAUAAUGUUAUUAUCAUUGGUGCUCGAGGCGGCAUUGGCUCCGCAGCAGCCCAGCUCUGCAACGAGCGCGGGGCACGCAUAUUCGGCACAUACACCUCGCUCGCCAAAGCGACUCCCCCAUCAUAUAUCACGCCCAUCGAAAUAGGCUCUAAAAACGCCAUCCGCGAGGCCAUCGCCAAGGCAGGACUGCAGAAUAAAAUCGACGUUUUGCUAGACUGCGCCGGCUACGAGCAGCCAUUCAACGACGCGCUUUUCACGAUGACUCCGAAUGGCACAGGUCGUGUUGUGGUUAUGGCUGUGCAUGCAAAGGACGGACUGUUCCCGAUCAGCAUGCGGACGUUUUAUACAAAGGCCCUUACGUUAAAGGGCAUGCUGUCGAGUAUUCUUGGCCCGUUGGAGGUCAAGGAGGUACUGGACAACCUUGCGAAGAAAAUUGAUAGUGGGCUGUUAGAGGGUCCGAAGGAGGUCAAGGAAGUUGAUAUGAAGAACAUGGACACUGUGAAGGGUGCUCUGCAGGAGAUUUUAACUCGAGCAUCUCAUGUUCGUUCAGUGAUUAUUCCCUGAAC